CUGCUCUUCGCCGAGGCCCUUUGGCGUCAUGGCGCUGCCGUUGGAGAAAGCCUCCGAGCUGAAGCAAAUCAUUCGCAGCCAGCUGACCCAGCAAUUUAUCCAAUAAAGGCAGUCCCCAGGUUACGACUGGGUUCUGUUGCUGAGAACUGUUUGUAAAAUGAAAUGUUCAAAAGUCUGAACUGAACAAAAACAGUGUGUGGGAGAGGAUCACAGAACCAGCUGUGAUGGGAGAGCAAGCAAGUUUGGGAAGAGUGGCCACCAGCUGGCCUCACUGACUCGGUGAUUGAGUGCUGUUCCCAGCUAGCAGAAGAUGCCUUGGACCCAUUCCCAUCCAUCCUGCUGGUCUCUCAAACACUCAUUCCUAUGAACAGGGUGUUCAUAACCCGUGGAGCACCUGUACUGGUAUCUGAAUGACUGGCCUAUGAACAUCCAUGGAAAAAUCAGGGACAUCUUAUCAGAGUCAGUCCGAGAAGAACUAGGCAAGAGUUCACAAUGUUUGUCUGAGGCUGAUCUUAUAAAAGCUUUACAACGCCGGGGAAUUAUAGAUGAUGUCGUGAAGGAACUAAGCUUUUUAACCGAAGUUCGGGACAAAGAAGCUACAACCAGUUCAAAACCAGCCACACAUUUUGUAGACAAAGAGCCUGCUGAAUUAAAGAAAACAAGCAUUGAUCCUACCAGAAGAAACCUGUACCUUCAGGUUUUGGGUGGCAAAGCAUUCCUGGAGCAUUUACAGGAACCACAACCUUUACCAGGACAAGUGUGCUCUACAUUUACACUUUACUUGCAUUUCCGAAAUCAGCGCUUCCGUUCCAAGCCUGUGCCAUGUGCCUGUGAGCCUGAUUUGCAUGAUGGAUUUCUGCUGGAAGUUCAUAAAGACAGUAUGGGUGAUGGCAGUAAGAUGGCUGAUGCAACAACUUUAUUAUCAAUCUGUGAUCCUGUGCACAUGGUUCUUAUAAAGACAGAUACUUCCAGUGAAAUAACACUGAUUGCAUCGCACUACUUGGAAUGGCGGUCUCUGCUGAGUUCACCGGAUGGAAAAAUGAACAUGUCUGUGGAGUUAUUGGGUGUAGGUACAGAGUCUAAAGUUCCAGUUGGAGUUUUAAAUCUAAAACUUGAAAUAUAUCCCCACCUGACACAGCCACUCAGCCAGGAUAUAGUUGACACUCAGCUAACCUUAGAACGUCAAAAGACUGCAGAAAAGGAGCGUUUGUACCUCAUGUAUGCCAAACAGUGGUGGAGAGAGUAUCUUCAGAUCAGGCCUUCACACAAUACUAGACUUGUGAAAAUCUUUGCACAGGAUGAGAAUGGUGUAAAUCGUCCAGUGUGCUCCUAUGUAAAACCUUUGCGAGCUGGCAGGCUUCUGGACACACCAAGACAAGCUGCUAGAUUUGUCAAUGUUCUUGGCUAUGAGAGAGCAGCCAUGGUUGGAGGUGGAUCCAAACAAGAGCAAUGGUGCACUCUCUUGAGUUUUCUCUGUAGAGGCAAGUUGCAAAAUAACAAAAAAGGAAAAGGGCCCGAAGCAAAAGUUUGGGCACCUUGCAUGGGAGACUGUGAGGAUCAUGCCACCUUACUGUGCAGUUUGCUGCUGGGCUUUGGAUUAGAUGCCUAUGUGUGUGUUGGAACAAAAGCAAGAAGGGUGCCCCACACUUGGGUGAUGACUUGUGGAAUAAAUGGAGAUGUCGUUUUCUGGGAGAGCUUAACUGGACACAGAUAUGUUCACAGGCCUAUUAAUCCUGAUGACCCACCGCUAGUAGAGCAGCCAAAGAGAACAUAUCCAUAUUGUUCAGUAGGCUGCCUCUUCAAUCACCAGAGUUUUUAUGCAAAUUGUCAGCCAUCCGACACAGUUGAACUAUGCCACUUUGACUUAAAUGAUGAAUCAAAGUGGAAACCCAUGAGUACUGAGGCCAUAAGAUCUGUGUGUGCUCCUGGAUCAUCAUCUUCAUUGCCACUGUUUCCACCUUUGUGUGCUCCAGUGAUUGAUGCAGCAGCUACAAGCAAUGAAAUUGAACUGGUUUUGAGGGGUCUGAUUUCUGAGCACAGGAAGGACCUCAGUCUGAACACUGUGUGGGAUGACCAUCUGUCUUACUUGCUAUCGCCGGCACUUGCUGCAUAUGAGAUUGAGCGCACAACUGGAGUGUCCGCGGGCAACGAAGAGUUCCAAGAUGCCAUCAAGCGAGCGGUGCCUGAUGGACAUACCUUCAAAGGUUUCCCAAUUCAUUUUGUGCAUCGAAAUCCAAGGAGAGCUUUUGCAACCUGCUUAAGGUCUCCGUUCUGUGAAGAAAUAAUUUGCUGUCGAGGAGACCAGGUCCGACUUGCUGUCCGAGUAAGAGUGUAUCCAUACCCUGAGUCUGCCUGUGCAGUCUGGAUUAUGUUUGCAUGCAAGUACCGUUCAGUUCUGUGAUGCAGCUGAGCUUUCAAAUAGUACUGCUUUCACUUUUGGUGGAUGCCAGCGACGGACUGGUUCCUUAUUGCUGCUCCAUAAUGACCAUCCUACUAGAUGGUAUCUUUUCAUACUAGCCUAAAUUCUACAAACCUAGAGACUGAAAUCCUGUUGUAUAUCUUCAUUGUUGGAUGUGUCUAUUUAUUAAAAUAUAAUGUAUGGAGAAUGUUUUUAAAUUUUUUUUUACGAAAUAUAAAAUAUUUUGCUACAAAA